ACGAGUUGGCCCCACAUGCGCGCGUGUACACACAUGCCGACGUUGCUCGAUGUGUUACGUCAAUUGAGCACCUCUGCUAUACUUUAAUACACGCUUGAACCAAGUGCGGCGGUCGUAUUACCGCGUUGCUACUGCAACAGAUGCGUUCACGUUUGUAAGUCGCGCAUCAGUGUAGCUGUUCAUUUAUUUCGGAGGAGAAAAAAGUUAACGGGGUUUUGCCCAUAUUUAAAGUACCGAGAAGUUGCCGGAGCUUGUAUAGUCCCCUCCCUUGUAUAGUGUAAUGCGAAAUCCGAUCAUCUAGCUAAGAGUCGCUACGCGCCUGAUUGGACGUCGUCGCUUGAUUGUAUUUAUACGGCUUUAAAAUUUUGGGAGCACGCGUGUGAGUCGAUUCGGCCUAUUAGUCUUCGUAUUGCUCUAGCAGCAGUAGCAGCAGCAGCAGCAGCAGCUACAGCACCGGUCAGUCCUAUCCAAGCUUCGUAGCUAGCAUCUAUUUUAUAUCAAGAGAACGAAAAAAAGUUUAAACGCCGAAGAAGAUGUUACAUCGGUGCGGAAUUUGUUACUAUGAAAGCAAUCGUGGACACAAUAUUAAACGUCACGAGAAAAGGUUCCAUUCUGUCAAGCAGCGUCUCUGCAAGUUUUGCAGCCAAUGGUACCGAACGAAAUUCGACUACUACAUACACGUCUACGAAGCACACGAGGACAAAUGCCGUAUUGCCCCUCACCUUUUUGAGUUGUGCUGGGGAAUCAGAAAAAUGAAAAAGGAGCCAGAGAUGCCACCAACUCCGCCUUCAUCACCAGAUGAUCUGUCGGCUCCGACUACUCAGAGUCCGUCUUCAACGACGCUAAAAGAUGAGUACCCUUGGCUUCCGGCUCACAGCUGGCUCUUUAGAGAUCCUCGUACCUUGCCGAUAAAAAAGAGACUGAGUCGUAAAUUUCAUUUGCGUAACGGCUUAGCCCUUGCUCGGCCCUUGGCUAUAAAUGACAAAACGGCUGGUCCCAUUGAUUAUUCCAUGGCCAAAGCAAAAAAUUUCAACGCUUAAGUUUAUUUUUUAAAAAUAAUCGAGUGUUGACUUUUUAAAUAAUAAUCACAAGGCUAGUGUUAAAAGUUAUUGUGUAAUAAUAACAUGUGUUCAUAUUAACAGCACAAAUUGUGUAUAUCAUGAUACACGAUUGUGCCUAGUUUUUUAAAUGUUUGUGUGAGUGACGUCUUCAACUGUUACGCUUAAAAGACUUUAAAAAUCUUCGGAACUGUUUUUUUAAAAGCAAUAGAAUUUCAAAAUUUUUUAUAUACCUGUACAAAUGUGUUUUUACCUGUCAAAGUUCAAAGUUUUAAUAACUGUGCGACCGAAUAAUCAUUCAUCGAGAUAGUUUUAACGUGUUUUCAUGUUUAGAAAUGUAUACGACUCGAUGAUAUUUUUAUGCUCUACAAUAUACGUAGUAAUGUAUCUGUUUUAAUGGAAAAAAGUAUUUACAUAUUUUUAAAUAAAGACAUUUUCUCACAGAGCUAAACCAAUAAU